UAUGAUAAGCAUAAAAACUGUAAUCCCUCCCAGAUUCCAUAUUAGGUUAUAAAACAAAUUAUACAGCAUUCAUUUUAGUCUUUAUAAGAUUACAUUUCAAUAUUCCCACAAUAUAAACGCAAACAUGCCAUUCCCAAAUGUUUUACACAUGCUUAUUUGCAUCAGCAACGUCAUGUUAAAAUUGCAUUGCUUGUGCACCCCUAGAGUCUUGAACCAUAUCCAUGCAGCGCAUUAUGGAAAUGACGCGCGCGUUCGACUGUCCGCGACAAGCAGGGAGCCACACGGACGGCGGCCCGCGCUCAAUCCCGACAGUAGAUGGCAGCAACCCAAGAAACCUGAUCCCGUCGGGUUCAUCACAACUCCGUCUCUCUCAGUUGUGCAGCAGCACUCGCACAGGAGGCAGCGGUGGUUCGAGAGACGUCAAAUGAAACAGAAGAGACGCCAGCUGCUCUUUUCGAGUUUUACGCGUAGCCUGUGCUCCGCACCCGGAGACAGCACGUUUUGAAACCACCAUGGAAGACAAAUCCAAUUCGUUCUCAAGCAACAAGGAGGAGAAAGCGGAUGGGAAUAAUGUGUUCCAAAGGCAAGACUCGAUCAUGAAGAACAGCAUGGGCAGCCAGAACAUGAAAGACCACGGUAACUCAGUGGGUGUCAAGGAAGAAACCAUGGUCGGUUUUGACGAUAUAGAUGCUGCGUCUAGGCAAUCCGGGUUUAUGCAGCGGCAAUUUGGAGCAAUGAUGCAGCCCGGGGUGAAUAAGUUCUCAUUGCGGAUGUUCGGGAGUCAGAAAGCCGUGGAGAAGGAGCAGGAGAGAGUCCAGACGGCUGGAUAUUGGAUCAUUCACCCUUAUAGUGAUUUUAGGUUCUACUGGGACUUGAUAAUGCUCAUCAUGAUGAUGGGGAAUCUAAUUAUCAUUCCUGUGGGAAUAACCUUCUUUUCGGAGCAAACCACCACCAGCUGGCUCAUCUUCAACGUGGCCUCGGACACCAUCUUCCUGGUGGACCUGGUCAUGAACUUCCGGACGGGGAUCGUGAACGAGGAGAACUCUGAGAUCAUCCUGGACCCAAAAAUCAUUAAGAUGAGCUAUCUGAAGAGCUGGUUCGUGGUAGACUUCCUGUCCUCCAUCCCGGUGGAUUAUAUCUUUCUAAUAGUGGAGAAAGGCUUCGAUUCGGAGGUGUACAAGACGGCCCGGGCACUCCGUAUCGUACGGUUCACCAAAAUCCUCAGCUUGCUCCGCCUUCUCAGGCUUUCACGCCUCAUCAGAUACAUCCACCAGUGGGAGGAGAUUUUCCACAUGACGUAUGAUUUGGCGAGUGCAGUGGUAAGAAUCUUUAAUCUGAUUGGCAUGAUGUUGUUGUUGUGUCACUGGGAUGGCUGCCUGCAGUUCCUCGUUCCCUUCUUGCAAGACUUCCCUCCGGAUUGCUGGGUGUCGCUAAACGGUAUGGUUAACGACUCCUGGGGGAAGCAGUACUCUUACGCCCUAUUUAAAGCCAUGAGCCACAUGCUGUGUAUCGGGUACGGAGCCAGAGCGCCGGUCAGCAUGUCGGACCUUUGGAUCACCAUGCUCAGUAUGAUCGUGGGCGCCACCUGCUAUGCCAUGUUUGUGGGCCACGCCACAGCCCUCAUCCAGUCUCUGGACUCGUCUCGAAGGCAAUACCAGGAGAAGUACAAGCAAGUGGAGCAGUACAUGUCUUUCCACAAGCUUCCGGCCGACAUGCGACAGAAAAUUCAUGAUUACUACGAACACCGUUACCAGGGAAAGAUCUUCGACGAGGACAGCAUCCUGAACGAACUCAAUGACCCGCUCAAAGAGGAAAUCGUAAACUUCAACUGUCGUAAGUUAGUGGCCACCAUGCCCUUGUUUGCGAACGCAGACCCCAACUUCGUGACGGGAAUGCUGAGUAAACUAAAGUUCGAAGUCUUCCAGCCCAACGAUUACAUCAUUCGUGAGGGGACCGUGGGUAAAAAGAUGUACUUCAUUCAGCACGGAGUGGCAAGCGUCAUGACCAAAUUCAGCAAAGAGCUCAAACUCACCGACGGAUCUUACUUUGGAGAGAUCUGCCUCUUGACAAAAGGUCGUCGUACGGCCAGCGUCCGUGCAGACACAUACUGCCGACUUUUCUCACUGUCUGUCGAUCAUUUCAAUGAAGUCUUGGAAGAGUACCCCAUGAUGCGACGCGCUUUCGAGACCGUGGCUAUCGACCGCUUGGACCGCAUCGGGAAGAAGAACUCACUCCUGCUCCAGAAGUUCCAGAAGGAUCUGAACGCCGGCGUCUUCAACACGCAGGAGAACGAGCUGCUGAAGCAGAUCAUCCGGCAGGACCGGGAGAUGGUAAUGAUGGUGGACCGGAAGCAAUCGGUCACAGGGAUGAAUUCCACGCCGAUGUCUGGAAACUCCAUCAUUAACUCCCCCGCUCAGCCACCCUUCGCCACGGCGACCGCUAUUCUGGGGAACAACCAAUUACAACAGGCCGCCGCACUAAGCUACAGCACCUCGGCAACCAUCAUCCCAUCGAGUCGAGUGCCACCCUCGCAGGGCGUCACGUUCUCGGCGCCCAGCGUCUCUCACGGCAACCUUAACACUUCUUCCCCGAAUCCCCCUACGCCUUUACAGCAGCCGGCAUCUGCGAUCAUGUCCCCGUGCUCAUUCACCACGUCUGUGUGCAGCCCUCCAGUGCAGACCCCAAUAGCCAGCCGAACAUUCCAGUACGGAUCGCCGACGGCCUCUCAGCUAUCCCUUGUACAGCAACCCUUACCCCAGCCGUCCUCACCCGCCUCCAUACCCCAACAGCAGCAGCAGCAGCCGUCACAGGGGGCGUCCCCACAGCGGAGUGAGGUCCACAAGAGCACACAGGCUCUCCAGUCAGGCAGCCUGAGCCGAGACGUACGUCACCUCUCCGCCUCGCAGCCUUCGCUACCCCACGAGACCUCAUUGGCUGUCCGGGCGCACCCGACGUCGGGCGAAUCGCUCGCUUCCAUUCCGCCACCCAUGGGAUCCGCAGCUGGCGUCCAGGCGCCGGGCUCCGCUCUGCAAAGCGGAAUCCGCACCAACGUCCCACAGAGGGUCGUCCUUUUCAGGCAGAUGUCAUCGGGCGCGAUACCGCCGGUACGCGCGGCGCCCUCUAGUGGCCCGCACAGGGAUUCCACGGGCUCCAGGAGAGAGUCGGCAGUCUUAAGCGGUACAGAGACGGAACAAGACAAGAUGCGAUUCGCAUCGAAUUUAUGAGCCCGUUUAACUUUUUUCCUGUUGAUUUUUUAAGGAUAUUUUGAUUGAUUUUUACGGAGAUAGACAGAAGGGGGAAAAGACUCAAGUAUUUUUUUCCACCAACUUCCUCUGAAAAAAUAACCUCAUAGCUAUCUUGUACAGAACUUCCUUGUACUAUAUUUUAGACACACUUCCCCUUCAACUUAAGAAUGUAUAUUAUACAAAUAAAUAAAUAUAUAUAUAUAUACAAUAUAUAUAUAUAUAUAUAUAUAUGUGUGUGUGUGUGCGAAUCCAACUAGAAUAUUUGGCAUUGACCAUAUGGGAAAAAACUAUAGUAUGAACACAAGUCUUCCUCUAACAUGUGACUAUAAAUUUGUCUGGAGUUGUUUAUAUUUCUUUUAUGGUUUGGAUUUUUCGUUUUGGUACAGGAACGCAUUGUGUCUGGGAAUGUCUUUUCGUUCCUUUCAUAUCUCGUUCUCUCUUUUCAUGUUGAGAAGAUGACAAAAGUCCAGCAUUUAGCAGCUUCAUCACUGUGGAAAAAUGUUUGAACAUGGGGAAAACUGAAAUGUUUUUAAAAAGCACAUCUAUAAACCCGACCUGCUGGAAAGCACCGGAUAAUGCUCGGAGCACCGGAUCAGAGAUCUCUGCAAUACUUUGUGUCGUGCAGUAAUUGCGUUGCGUUUCAAGACGGAGUUUGUGCAUUGAACGUCUUUAAUUUCAUGUUUAGUUUAUUUCUAGAAAAGAAUGAUGGGAUGGUUUUAUUUUCUCAUUUCCGGAGGGAAUGGACGUUAUGAAAUGUCACUGUACAUUUACAAUAUUUAUAAAACUAAAGAUUAUCACCAUUAUGCAAUAGACUGAUAUAAAGAUUACCUAUAUGUGUGUUGUACAUAGUUUUGUAGAACUAGUAUUUACAAAGUAAUGUGUGGUGCAUUUCUCAAACAUGGCAAAUGUCUUCUCUGUCAGCAGCCUGGGUAAUGCCUAUAUAUGCAUAUAUAUUUAUAUCUAUAUAUAUUCAAACGCUAAUGUGUGACUACAUCGAAAACAACCAUUAGAGAAAAACCUUAAUGCAAGUAGCAUUGCACUGUAGUUAGUUCUGACAACAAUAGUUUUAUUAAAAAAUAUCAUAAGAAGGUAAAGCAACACGACUGUGCAGUGUUGGGGCAAUACAUCAAUAUAUAAUUUGCAAUCUUAAUGCAUUUCCCCUGUGUUACAUCAUUUUACAUUCUCUAAGUGUAUUUAUUUCAUUAUUUAAGUUCAGUUUUUGCUGGCAGACACAAGGAAGCGACUGGCAUACAUGCGAUUGAUAGAUGCUUGAUAUUUAUUAUUUAUUUGUUUGAAUUGUAUGAAUCAGUAUUAACACAUGUACAGUACACACAACAGUCAAUACCACUCCAACUCUGUGCUUAAUAUUAUGGAUAUUCAUCUAUGAUUUGUUAUAUUUAAGACUGUGAAAAACAUUAGCCUAACAAUUUUUCACUUACUGCAAUGCUUUUAAAGCGUGGCUUUACCUUGGUAGUUUUACAAAAUAACUUGGAAAUCUAAAACCGAUGAUCCAGCAAACACAGCACAUUACUGGAAGAGCUAGCAGAUAUUACUGUAUUCCUUCUGGAAAUUAUUUAGAGUAAUUGUGUUUUCUGAAUUCAACUUGUCAAGAGAGGAGGACAGAAAAAUAUUGACGUUAAAAGAAAAGCUGCUUUGCAUUAAGGUUUUUGUCUUACUCGUGUGAUAAUUCAUUCAGUCGGGGCUUGAGACUUUGAAACGUUACAUCAGCGUGCGGGUAAAAUGAUUUAAGAUGGAGUAACUAGCAUCUGUAGCCCAUUGUGACUCGUGUGUUUAGUUGAUUUAUUCUUUCUUUCAAUACUUUUCACACUUCAAGCUUCUUUCUUCUGGGUUUAAUGAUGGACCUUGGGUGGCAUCCAAAAUCCAUCUGCCGAUAUCAAAGCUGAAAGCAAAACGAGGCAGAUGCUGGGAUGUUUGUGGCUUUAAACCUCACAUCUGCAAAGUCUCAAAGCCCCCCGCACAACUGAAACUCCAGAAGUCCUCGUGUGUCUGUGCUGUACCAGUGCGGUUCCCAUACAGCCGACCAUAAACGCAUGCAUUGUCACAAAUGCUUAAAGAGAAACUACUUUAAAAAUGUUGACGUUUAAAUGUAUCGUGAGGUUGCGUUUUUUUUGGGUCGUUGGUCUGCCUAGACGUUUCUUCUGCGUAUCAAAAACAUUGAAUUUUCACGAAAAGGACUUUAAGUAUUUGUGCCUAAACUAUAGCCAUGUUUCAUCCUGUUCAUUUUAUGGGUGUGACUUGUGUGUGCGUGUGCACACGUGUGUGUAGACGACGUGUAUGUUCAAUGUUCGAGGAGAUCAAAAGCAAUGAAAAUGGCCAAACGUAUCAGUUGAAAAACAUUCAAGUGAAAAGCCAGCGCCAUCUCACGGGAAACGUAACUAUUUUACGAGGAAUUCGUACGAUGUUAGCCCCUUAACAUAACGUCUCGGGGGCGAAGGCAGAUCGUACGAAAAUGCACAAAUGUCAUUGUACGAAUUUAUAAAACUUAGUUAUGCAUUACCGUGAGAUUGCAUUGGAGAUGCAUAUUUAUAUACAGUAUAGCCUAUAAUAUGCAAAAAACAUUUAACAAAAACAAAAACAGUAUAGACUGAAAUCAAAAUGUGUCCGAUGUGAUUCAACGUGUGUACAAUUCUACAGUUUGUAACUUACUUUAUAGCCACUGAUGUUUAAUUUAUUAGUGUAAAAUGUUGCAUUGAAUGAAACUGGCCAAAGUGAAACAUAUGAAAAACUUUUAUCAUGAAUUGCACUUUCAUUUUAAAGAAAGAGAAGUAUAGAAUCAGAUGAAAUAUACAUAGGUUGGAUACUGUAUCAUCCAGAAUCUCAUCCUCCGGCCCAUGUUGUUCAGGGCGCACAGGAGGUACUGUGUCUUUAAAUACAAACAGCGCUUAACUCCUGCUAUGCCAUAGUGUAUAGAUUCUAGUGUACAGGUAGGAUGGUUUUUGAUACUGUACUUGCCUUCAGAGGGAAAUGCUUCUCAUUCAUGUGCUUUUUCCUCUCAGAUGUAAACACUGUUAGAUUUCUGGGUUGGGUUGACGACGAGACGUUCAUAACGCUAUAUUAAAAAACGAAUGCAGUCAUUGAGGUGUUUUGAGAAAACCAGCACAUAUCUUUGUUUUUUCACAUUUGUGUUUAUGUCAUGGUAAAUGAGAAAUGCUAAGGGAAACUAGGAGUGACUUUGGAAUAAAGGGAAAAACCAAAUGUUUGGUUUGCAACUUCUACGAUUCAGGUGAAAUUAUUUUGUUCGAAACGUACUGUAAUGAUGCAAGAUUUCACAGAUGGAAGACUCUAGAACAGGCCUCAAGCUCUUUUUAAUCUCUGCUGAUUUUUUUUCCAUUAUGCUUGUUCAUGUGCACCAACGCUUGGUUUAAAAAAAUGUAAAAAAAAAUAAAAAUAAAAAGGGGAAAGUCAUUACAAUAAACAAACAUGAACAAUUAUAGUUACUUGAUCCAGAAUAAAAAAGGUAAAUGUAUGCUUUCUUACACAUAUAUGCAGACAAACGGUGUUUGUCAAAAAUUUUGAUUUUCUUUUGUUUUUUUGUUUCUUUGUAAAUAAUAGACCUUUAAAAUAUAGAGAAAAAAUAAAAGAAUUAUUGC